AUGCCUCGCUCUCAGAGAUUUCUAGGCAGUAGCGCCGCCACCAACUCGUCAGCUUUCCGUGCGGCACCGCCUCCUGAGGCCGUGGUUCUGGAGUCGGACUUCGUCGUCAUACUUGCAGCUUUGCUCUGCGCCGUCAUAUGCGUGAUCGGUCUCCUAGCCGUGGCGCGCUGUGCCUGGCUCCGGCGCGGCUCCGGAGCCGGUGGAGCCAGCCUCAGCUCGGCUCAAGCCUCCGCCAACAAGGGCGUCAAGAAGAAGGUACUCCAGUCGCUCCCCAAGUUCACAUACGGCAUCGGCGGAGCCGAGCCGCCGCCCAAGCUGGCUUCGGAGUGCGCCAUCUGCUUGGGGGAGUUCGCGGAGGGAGAUGAGAUCAGGGUUUUGCCGCAGUGCGGCCACGUCUUCCACGUCGGAUGCGUGGACAUGUGGCUUGGGUCCCACUCGUCGUGCCCGUCGUGCCGGCAGAUCCUGGUGGUGGCUCGCUGCCAGAAGUGCGGCCAGUUCCCGGCUCCCAUUUCUGAAGCCGAGCUCAAGGCGCGCCAAGACCAUAGCAGCAGCAACCAUCCAGCUCCUCCUCCUCCUCCUCCUCCUCCUGCAGCCAAUGCAAUUAGUUCUUGUUCUAAUGCAACAACUACCACUGCUGUUAGUAGUAAUAGUUAUCUGCCUUAA